UAUCUUAAACAAUCCACCUGUCAUUCCUUAGAUCCAACCCCGCCCAACGAACCGCACUCCCUUCUCCCCAUGAUCACAACCAGAGCUCCAAUGGCUCUCACCCCAUGCCCUCACCUCUUCCACCUCCCACUUCACUCUUCAUCCUCUUCCUCUUCCUCUCACCUCUUCUUCUUCUCCCAAUCGCCGUCUUCUCCGCCGCCGAUUGCCCUGCGAAUCAGCGAUGUCUCCGCCGCGUUCUCUCCGGCGAAGCUCUCGUCGGCGAGAGCCAAGUGCUUCAAAUCCGCGACCGAGGAGGACCGCUUCAGCGAGCCGGAGACCGUCUCCGACGACGAAGCUGGAGAUCGCGAUAAUGUUAAGACCGCGUCGACGGCGACCGGUGGAUCGCUGAACGUUACGACGUCGUUCACCGGUGACUCUCUGUCUCUCGGGAUUCGCGAGCCGGUCUACGAGGUGGAAGAAGUGAAGGCUAAUGGGACGAUAUCUAUUAGAAAAAUUAACAGGCGUCAGCUACUGAAGUCAAGUGGUCUUCGUCCACGUGAUAUCCGAAGUGUUGACCCUUCAUUAUUUCUGACAAAUUCGAUGCCUUCUUUGCUGGUCCGCGAGCAUGCUCUUCUGUUAAAUUUGGGGUCAUUACGUGCAAUUGCAAUGAAAGAGCGUGUCCUUAUAUUUGACUACAACCGUAAAGGAGGAAAAGCUUUCAUAGAAGCACUACUGCCUCGACUGAACCCCAAAAAUAUGAAUGGAGGACCAUCUAUGCCAUUUGAACUUGAGGUUCUUGAAGCAGCAUUGCUCUCAAGAAUACAGCGCUUGGAACGAAGAUUAAUGGAUUUAGAACCUCGUGUUCAAAAUAUUCUAGCAGUUUUGCCCAACAAGUUAACUGCUGACAUACUGGAGCAACUUCGUAUCAGCAAGCAAACCUUGGUUGAAUUGGGAUCAAGGGCUGGGGCUCUUAGACAAAUGUUGUUUGAUCUUUUGGAGGACCCCGAAGAAAUACGGCGUAUAUGUAUUAUGGGAAGAAACUGCACACUCAAGAGGGGAAGUGAUGAUGUUGAAUGCUCUGUUCCUUUAGAGAAGCAGAUUGCUGAGGAAGAAGAGGAAGAAAUUGAGAUGCUUUUGGAAAAUUAUCUUCAAAGAUGUGAAUCUUGCCAUGGCCAGGCUGAAAGGCUUCUUGAUUCUGCUAAAGAAAUGGAAGAUUCUAUAGCUGUUAACUUGAGUUCUCGGAGGCUUGAGGUUAGCAGAGUGGAAUUGCUCCUUCAGGUUGGGACCUUUUGUGUGGCACUGGGUGCUCUGGUUGCAGGUAUAUUUGGCAUGAACUUGAGAUCUUAUCUUGAAGAACAUGUGUUCGCAUUUUGGCUUACAACAGCUGGGAUAAUUGUUGGUGCUGUUGUGGGAUUUUAUCUAAUGUAUUCAUAUCUCAAGACACGAAAAAUAUUGUAAGUAGAAAGGGAUUCAAAAACAGGUAAAUUCAAAGGUCAAGAACAUUCAUCUGCCAAUGACAUUGGGAUGGUACCAAGUUCUCUGUGCACUAUUAUUCGUAAUUAUAUAUGAACUUGUACUCAGUUUCUCGUACAAGAUUGCAGCAUGGCAGACUGUCAACACAAAUUAUUUGGACGUAGCCACUUUGCUUGAAUACCUACCGCAACAAGCAGUCCUGUUCUACUUUCUAGACAAGAAGUGCUCGUAGCCCUGUAUAUUUGGGCCAGGAUGAAAGCUGGAGUGUAUUCUUGAAAGCUGUUCAGAAUUUGAACAAAUUUUAUUCUUGAAGUAAUAAUUUGCUCUGUACUGGAGGCCUUAACUAGGACAGACUCGUGUGUACUGUGCCUUGAGCUUUGGCCACGGUGUUUCUCUUUUAAAGAUGGAAUGCAUUAUGAACAGCAAUCAAAGAAACUUUGGAAUGAGCCCUUAGGCAAAAGUUUUUUUUUUUUGAAUGCUAUAAACCUAUUUCUGGAA